ACCUAACAGUCCAGAAUGUGGAUUUUUGAAUUCAUUCUGAUUUACACUUUGGAUACAACUCAACCAGGACCUAGAUGCAAAUUUUCCACAUCCAGAAGAAAGUUUCUACUGGAUCAGUCUUUUGUGACUCUAGCUACAAAUGACUCUUAUGUUAAAGGAGCACUGGUCUUGGGUUCUUCUCUGCAACACCAUAGAACAACAAAGAAAUUAACUGUGCUCAUCACUCCUCAGGUCUCUGCUCCCAUGAGGAAAGUGCUAGAGAAGGUUUUUGAUGAAAUCGUAUUGGUAAAUGUCUUGGACAGUGGGGAUUCAGCCCAUCUAGCACUAAUGAAAAGACCUGAGCUGGGUGUCACAUUAACAAAACUCCACUGCUGGGAAUUGACUCAAUAUUCAAAAUGUGUGUUCAUGGAUGCAGACACAAUGGUUUUAUCAAAAAUUGAUGAGCUUUUUGAGAGAGAAGAGCUAUCUGCAGCACCAGAUCCAGGCUGGCCUGACUGUUUUAAUUCCGGAGUUUUUGUUUAUCGACCUUCCAUUGAAACAUACAAUCAGCUGUUACAACUUGCCACAGAAAAAGGCAGCUUUGAUGGUGGGGACCAGGGUUUAUUAAACACCUUCUUCAGCAACUGGGCAACAGCGGAUAUCAACAAACACUUGCCAUUUAUUUAUAACUUAAGCAGCAUUUCUCUAUACUCCUACCUUCCAGCAUUUAAAGCGUUUGGUACAAAUGCUAAAGUGGUGCAUUUCCUAGGAAGAAUGAAACCAUGGAACUACACAUAUGAUUCCAAAACAAAAAGCAUAAAAGGUGAUACAAGUGAUCCUACAAUUGUUCACCCAGAAUUCCUCAACAUGUGGUGGGAUACCUUCAUCACCAACAUCUUACCACUACUAGAACAACAUGGAAUUGUAAAAGACACUGCUACUGGUGUAAAGGCGGAAGAGGUUGCAGAGGCAGUGUCCCACAUGUCACUUUCAGCAGCAGUGCCAACAUCUACCCUACCAGCUGUAUCUUCAGAAGAACGGAAGGAAAGGUGGGAGCAAGGCCAGGCUGACUACAUGGGAGCAGAUUCCUUUGACAAUAUCAAGAAAAAACUUGACUCCUACCUCCAAUAGAAGCGCUUCUGUUGCUGAUGUUCAGAUACAAGAACUUGUUCCAGAGCUAUAGCAUCUAGGAAAGUGUUUAAAUAUGGUCAGUUAAGCUUGCUAGUCGUUUGAUAAAACUCAUCAGGCUGAAGGUAUUUGCAGUACUACAGGUGAGAACUGAGCAAAAGGGAUAGAGUAGAAAUCCUUGUGCCAGCUGUACCUGCAGAAUCCUGAAGUCUUCCCUUGUAAGUAAGACUGCUGGAUGUGCCUAGUUUAAACAAAAAACCACACUUCGAACAGGGGCACUAAACUGGUUAGACACUUAUUCCUUAAACCCUGUAGGGCUGUGCUUUCUCUUUUAAAAGAGGAGUGGCAUCACUCCUUUUUGCUUGCUAUCUUGUACAGAAGACCCUAUUUUGUGGGCGAUUGUUUAGAAUUGAAGUGGUUGGAACACUGCCUUACUGUAAAUGUUAGUACUAAACUGUUAGCAUACAAACUUAAUAGAACUUCUAACAACAAAGGCAAGGCUUUACUGUAUUAGUCUCACACUGAAGGUCUUGAGCUGGUUUUAUGUACAGUAUAUGCAGCAUGAUAGAAUCUUUCUUUAGUUCUAUAUACUAUGGGACUAGUAAAACUGAGUUUUACCUGUAAUUGCAUUCAUUGCAAAAUAAACUCAUGAUGCAUUUCUGGUUUCCCUAA